CCUCCUCCGUCCCUCCACUCCCCAAACCCAGGAAGGCGGUGCAGGUUUCGAGCUCUGCUUUCGCUUUCCCUUCCCGCUGCCCACCCCAGGCUCCUCGUGCGCCGCUCACCCCCACCCGGCUCUGGCCAUGGCCACACUGAGGGUCCAUCCCGAAGCCCAAGCCAAGGUGGAUGUGUUCCGGGAAGACCUGUGUAGCAAGACAGAGAACCUGCUUGGGAGCUAUUUUCCCAAGAAGAUCUCAGAGUUGGAUGCUUUCUUAAAGGAGCCAGCUCUCAAUGAAGCCAACCUGAGCAAUCUGAAGGCUCCGUUGGACAUCCCAAUACCUGAUCCAGUCAAGGAGAAAGAGAAGGAGGAGCGGAAGAAGCAACAGCAGAAGGAGGAGAAGGACGAAAAGAAGAAGGGGGACGAAGACGACAAAGGUCCUCCCUGUGGCCCAGUGAACUGCAAUGAGAAGAUUGUGGUUCUUCUGCAACGCCUGAAACCUGAGAUCAAGGACGUCACUGAGCAGCUCAAUCUGGUCACUACCUGGUUGCAGCUACAGAUCCCUCGGAUUGAGGAUGGGAAUAAUUUCGGUGUGGCUGUCCAGGAAAAGGUGUUUGAGCUGAUGACCAGCCUUCAUACCAAGCUGGAAGGCUUCCACACGCAGAUCUCAAAGUACUUCUCCGAGAGGGGUGACGCCGUGGCCAAAGCAGCCAAGCAGCCCCACGUGGGUGAUUAUCGGCAGCUGGUGCAGGAGCUGGACGAGGCAGAGUACCAGGAGAUCCGUCUGAUGGUCAUGGAAAUCCGUAAUGCUUAUGCUGUGUUGUACGACAUCAUCCUGAAGAACUUUGAGAAGCUCAAGAAGCCCCGUGGAGAAACAAAGGGAAUGAUCUAUUGAGCCCCUCGCUCCUUCCGUGAUGGGUGUAGCAGAAACCUCCCUGCUCUUCACCAGGAACUCUAGACGAACUCUAGACUGUCCCCAGUCUUCUUCCUGCUGGGGUUUCUCCCUCAUUCUGCCUCCCAAACACAAUAAAUACAUAGUUGCCCACCA